AUGUGCGGCAAGCAGUUUGCUUGGGUGCUCAAGCUAAGUGGGGGUGCAAGGAGUACGGGGAUCAAGGGUUCUCGGUCCGAGCGGCAAGCCACAACGCCUCCCUCUGAUCAGCCAGCGGAAAGCAGCGGGGCUGAAGGGGACCCGCCUUACUUUCUUCGGAGGUUUGGGCAGGGAGCGAAGGGUGAGGGACAGUCCACGGCGGCAGCGGAGACAUCCGAGGGUGGUCAAGGUUCACCUGAAGAAAACCCAGCUGGUGAGAUCAUCCCUGAAACCCCUCUUUCCACCAGUGCGUCGGAAUCGGCAGAGGAGCAGGGCAACACUGUUGUGCUUCCGGCCGUAGCAGUCUCCUUCUUAGGAGUUGAGGACUGGGAAGACAGCUGGGAUAUGGAGGAGACAGGGGGUAGCUCCACAGGGAGCUUCGGUGGAAAGUUUAGUGGGCGUGAUAAAUUCCGUACGCGUCUGGAAGAGAAUGCGAAGGCGCGGGAGGAAGUGGAGGCUGAAAACCGGAAGGUAGAGGAGAAACUUCUCGCAGAGAAGUGGCAUGAGCAGUGGAAGGCGAACACGGACGCGCCGCCAGGCCCAGUGCCUUCCUGGCCACGGAAGGUAGCAAAGGGGGACCCCACGCUCAUGACCGAAACCUGGGCUUUCCUGCAGACCACCUAUCCGGAGAACACCGCUCAGACGCUGGGCGAAUACCUCAACUUCAAGUACACGGCGGGGAGGAGCACUCACGCCACGUUUCACCUCUUGCGGGAGCUCUGCCGGAAGAACGGUAAGCCCACCAUCGGCAGGGAGGUGACUGAGAAAGCGUUGAAAGCGCUUAGGGGGGAGGUGCGGCGUGCGAUAGAGAACGAUGUUCUCAAGUGGGCUGUUGCCGAUUGUACCCUAGACAAGUUGGAGCAAGAGGCCAGGCAGGUGGAGGACGCUCUUCAUGCACGUGAGCUGGAGCGGGCCGACAAAACCACCGGCAAACCCCUCUCCUCCAAAUUGCAGGACCUGAGCCUCUCCAGCAAGUCCCCGGGCUCUCAGAGAGAGUCCAACAAACCCCGAGCAGAACGCGGUCCCAAAGAGAGAGAGCGGCGAGGCCGGGGAAAACCCAAGCAAGCCUUAGCCGCCAUGGAGCCUCCGGCACUGGGAACGGGGUUCAAGGGCAACUGCUUCAACUGUGGCGAGUACGGCCACACACGCACGGAGUGCAAGAAGAAGCCGGAGGCAAAGGGGCCGCGGAUGCCAGGGGCGGUCUGCAAGCACUGCAAGCGUAGGGACUCCCACGAGUCCCACGAGUGCUGGGAGGCGAUUCCCGAGAAGCGGCCGGAGAAGUGGCGCGGGUCCGGCGACAGCGGCAAGGGCAAACCUGGUGCGGGCGGCCGGAGCAACCGCGGAGCCCCCAAGCAUGCCUACGCCGCCGAUGCGGUGGAGCACAACGCGCCAGCCACGGAGGAGUUCGACCCUGAGCUGGCGUGGUCGGCCGUCAUCGAGCAGCCAGGCGUCCCCUACAUGGGCGUCUACCUGGCGGACGAAGACCACGAGCUGCCGGAGGUGCGCGCGUCAACCAAGGCGCAGCGCGAGACAACCACGGCACCGCGGGCACGCGGGGAGAAGGACCGGCUGGCGGCCAGAGCCAAGGAGGAUCGUCUGCGGAAGGGCGGCCCACCCCCAGCCUUCCGCCCACAUGGCGAUCGCCCUGUCGCAGCAGCUGAGGAGGCCGGGGGGGAGACCAGAGCUGAGCCGGAGGAAGCCGAAGGCCCCGCCGAGCCUGAGCCAACGCCCCUGGUCGCCCAGAAGCUGCCCCCUUCCUUUGGGGAGUAUUCCCCCAACGACCCCCGCUAUCAGGGGAUCGAGUCCCUCGAGAACGCAGGGGUGCAGGUCCACAUGCUGAAUGACCCCAAGGUCGGGCCCCAACGGGAGGUGCAGGUUAAACGGGCAGCCCCGUUCGAGACCCUUCCUCCGGCCUACAGUCUGGAGGUCCAAGCGUCCUCCAUCCCCCUGUCCUACCUCGGUCCUGCGAAGCCCAUGCGCUGCGUUGGCGGAGCUGACGAUGACGACGGCGAGGGGGACGAAGAUGACCCCGAGGAUGUGGAGCAGCCCGGCGUCGAGGAGGGAGACGAAGACGCGGAGGGGGAGGCGGAUGACUCGGAGCGUGAGAGCGUGGAGGAGGAGUCCGAGCAGGCGGGCUCGGGGUCAGUGGAGCAGUCAGGCGAGGACGAGCCGGAGGAAGAAGCAGGCGGUGCGGCCGGAGGAGCUGGCGGAGCACAGGGAGGAGAGACCGUCAUCAGCAAGUUUGACGACGUCAUAACCCUCGGCGAAAACUGGUUCAACAUCGUCGCUGGUCCGUUCAAGGAUCAGUGGUUGGCCGCAGCCGAUCCCACCCACGCCGACAACCACACCUGGGCCAUGGAGGAGUACCCCGACCCGGUGGUGGACGACGACCCGCAUCUCCCCCCGCACAAACUGGACAUCUACCUGCCCCCGAUGCAGGCCCCGCGGUACAAGGGGCAGAUGGCGUUCAUCCAGCACCUGAACUACAUGCUGGCGCACGCAGCCCAGGACGAGAGCAAGGCCGGCCUCCAAGGGGGCAAAACCGGUCACCCUCCUUGGCACCCGGAUUUCAGGUGCAUGUGCUGGAGUCCACGAGACUGGCGGGAGCGACAAUCCUGGGCCGUCAUGCACAACGACGAGUUCGCGGGCUACAUAACCCACUGGGGCCGGGAGUACGUCACGCGGGCAGCGGAGUUCAUGUUCGCCAAGCGGCCCACCAGGACGCAAUGCUACGUCCUGCUGGCCCUGCACUAUGCGGGUCGGUCCAUCCUUGAGUACUGCCGCGAGCUGCACGGGCGGCCAGCGUCCAAGAAGGCCCCGCCCAAGCCGGACCUGUCUGAGAUGGUGCUGUUCCACCGGCGACUCCUCCACGCGUGGCACGGUGGCUGGGACGACAACACGCCUAUCCAGGUGGGCCCCCUGCCGGAGGAGGAGCUUGAGCUGAAGAAGGGCGACACCCACAACAGGGGGCGCGUCAUCCCGUGGGGACAGUACAAGGCCAAUCUGUACGCUGCCUGGGGGACGGACCCCCUCUACGCGUACCAGAAGUAUGUGCGCGACGAUGACGACCGGGAGGACACCACCUACCGGGAAACUUGGAAGGUCGACGACUACGACGUGCCACACGGGCAGUGGGGGGGGCACUCCACGGAGCCCGACAAGCGCGUGUCCCCCGCCCCCACCCACGUGAAAGGGGAAAAUCUCCCACGGGUGGUGCCAAUCGGCGCACCCCCUCGGCCGAAGCAACCGGGCCCCAAGGAGACAAAAGGGGGCGGUGCCUCCAAGCCUUCUCCAACCGCAAGCCGGAAGGGCCUGGGCGGUAAGGCCAGCGAGGGCGAGGACAAGCCCAUCCUGGCGCGGCGGUCGGGGCGGGAGAAGCGACAGGUGGCCGGAGAAGAACGGCGCGCCCGGUCAGCCAGCCCCCAAACCAAGCGUCCACGGCGGGCCAAGAACGACCCAGCGGACGAGGGCGCCGGAGAGCUGUCAACAGGACACCAACAGCGACAGCGGUCCCGCAGUGUGGAGCCUCCACCCACCCUUCGACUCGACCCCACCGGCGAGCAGGUGCGCAUCGACGGCCUCAGGAAGCUGGCCAGCUCUUUGCGUCAAGCCGGGGCGAUUGAGGGUGUCAACGGGAGCAAGGAGGUCCUCCGGCGGGCCAGGAAGCUGGAGGCCCGGCUGAGGAAGGCGCCGGAGGAGGGCCCCAUCCUAACCUUUGAGCCUGGUGUGGAGAUUUUCGACGUAUCAGUGAUUCGGAUCGAGGUGCGGGAGCUGGAGGAGAACGUCGAUAACCUGUUGCUCAAACUGGCGCAGGCGAGCCCUGAAACGGCAAACCAAGAGCACGCCCGCCUCGAAUCAGCGCGCAAAAAGCUUAACGCCAAGGCCGGGCUGGCCAAGUUGGGGGGGUACCUUACGCCGGAUGAGGACGACGAGGAAGCCACGCCGUCAUCCAGCGAGGAAAAGGGGGGGGAACGCACCCGCACCCCAACCCCUCCCCCCAAGCGCCCUAAAAUGCAAUUCCUUUGA